UGGGAGGAGGGUUGGAGAAGUUCGAAGUUGGUCUAGUAGGUAUCUUGGGACGCCUUGCGCAGGCUUGAAGCGUCUUUCUUCCCUCCUAUCGGACGGUCGUCGUCACCGUACCGGUGAGAGGCGAAGUUACACUUCAGGACAACUUGGAAGGCUCCACGUACCGCCUACUAAGAGUGGUCGCGCGUGAAGAGAGAAAGAGAAGAAAAAGGCAACAUUUCAAAGGUUAUAUAAACGAGAACAGCGGCCGUAAAAAAAGAGAAGUGAAUGAAAAGUUAUCGAGUGUAAAAGAUAAGAAGAAAGUGCCCACCAAGGUGUUACUUACGUGUGAAGAUAACGUCGUUGGUUGCAGCUUCAUAGAUACUUACAUUUCUUUCUCCAGGGGAGAAUUGGCGACGAUAACUCUGGAGGAAAAGUUUUGAGCGCGCGCAAAUCGCGGUCGCAGGGUAGACGAUCGCAACAGAGAAAUAUAAUCCAAGUGAGAAGGUUUUUUCUACAGCCUUCAAAAUAUCUCUUCCAAAAUUCCCCCUCCAAGAAGCCUCAAGUAUGGUGCUCUGUGGCACAGAUCCAGAGAGAAGGGCGAGCAAGGAGAUUGAAAAGCAGAUAAGCAACUGGAGCAAGGAGUAUAAGAAAGCGAUCAAAAUAUUGUUAUUAGGAGCUGGCGAAUCGGGCAAAACCACCAUCAUAAAACAAAUGAAAAUCAUCCACAUAAGUGGCUUCUCUUCCGAGGAAAAGAAAGAAAAAGCCGACGACAUUCGAAGCAACGUCUUGGAAGCAAUUACGACCCUGAUCAAGAAUAUGGCCAGAAUGAACAUACAGCUGGGACUUGCCGAGAACGAAGAAUCUGCCAACUUUAUUAGAAGCAUCAAUAAAGAAGAUUUCACCUUUUCCCAGGAAUUCUACAGUCAUGUAGAAAAACUCUGGAGAGAUCGGGGCGUUCAAGAAGUUUAUUCGAGGCAUAACGAAUUUCAGCUCAUAGACUGCUCGAAAUACUUUCUCGACAAAGUAGAAGUGGUAAGACUCCCCGACUACGAGCCUUCUAUACAGGACAUCCUCCACAGUAGACGACGCACCACAGACAUUCAGAAGAUUGAAUUCGAGGUCAAAGUUCCCAGGAAGUAUGGUGGGGGAUCCCUCAAUUUCUGGGUGUUCGAUGUCGGAGGCCAAAGAGGAGAAAGGAAGAAAUGGAUACAGGUAUUUGAUGGCAUUCAGGCGGUGCUGUUUCUGGUGGCCUCGAGUUGCUUUGAUUCGGUCAUUGAGGAGGAUGAAGAGACGAAUCGCCUUCAGGAGUCCAUCAACAUCUUCAAAAGUGUCUGGGCUUCAAGGUUCUUGAAGGAUUCUGGUUUCAUCGUGUUUCUCAACAAGCAAGACAUCCUGCGGGAGAAAAUCGUUCACCAGCAGAAGUCGAUAGCGAAAUACUUCCCAGAAUAUGACGACUAUAAACUGGACAGCAGAGAUCGAGUCCCCACCGAAGAUGAAGAGUACCUCAGAACACGAUGCUUCAUCAGAGACAAAUUCAUGGACAUUGCAUCGCAACCAGUGCAAUGGGAGGGCAAGAAGGUCACCCCAGGAAUGCCAGCUUUGCCCAACGACAAAAAGAAGGGGGAAUGUUACUGCCACUUCACCACAGCGACAGACACCAACAAUGUCAAACUCGUUUUUGAUGACGUACACAACAUGAUCAUCAUGUGGAACCUGCAGGAAAUCGGCAUCAGCGUAUCCUAACCAACCUUAGAACACCUCAGUGACACUUGUCGUCGGGUAAUCGUUCAUUCUGGGCUCUGUCUUCAAGGGGCCUUCUUGCAAUACAUUACUUGUCGCGUGUCACUUGAUAUCUUCCAGUUCUUCGGCGCUUCUUGAUAUUCCAGCGUGGAUUCGACUGAUUUCUUGCAGGAGAAUUAAAGUCUUGAUCGGUCUCUGCUAUAUCCGGCAUCAAUCACGAGCAGAGAAAACUGUUAGCAAUAAAAACAACUUUCCAGAACGCCAAUCUUAGACAACAUUCCCAAUGAUCGGAUUUUUUUUUUUUUUAGGGGGGGGUGGGGGGGGUUGGGGUUGUGGAUUUGUUUCUGUAAAAUGUGAUUCUUUGAAGAUUCCAUUUUUCUCUUCCUUAGCUUCAUUUGUAGAACUUUAGCGCGAAAGGAUUUAGAUUUAAUACCUAGAUGUUAUAUGUUCUUGUAAUAAAGGUGUAUAGAAACGCA